AUAUAUAUAUCUGUGUGUGUGCGCGCGUGUGUAACAUUAUAUAUAUAUAUAUAUAUAGAAAUGAUCAGAAAUAGAUAGCAACCAUUCAAACAUGAUGAUAAUUCUUCCUUCUCCUCUGCUCUCUGCCAUUUUCCUCCUCAUCUUGUUCUUCUUCUUUGGUAGUAGUACUCUUGUCUCUGCAGUAGGAGAUUUUUGCCGUUCAUCAUCAUGUGGGAACCUCACAAACAUUAGAUAUCCUUUCCGUCUCAAAGAUGAUCCACCCAACUGUGGAGAUUCAAACUACGAGCUCACCUGUGAUCAUAUGAACCGCACCAUCCUCACUUUACUCUCCCGUAACUACUCCAUCACCAAUAUCACAUUCCAAGAUUACUUCAGCGGUUAUGUCUACUACCAAAUACAACUGAUGGAUAUUGACAUGGUGAAGUACAACAAGGCCAGUUGCCAUCUUCCCCUUAAUUCCUCUAAUCUGACAGUCUCUAAGCUGAAGAAUAUCAGUAGAUUCAGUACCCAUUAUGUAAUGGAAUACGGAUGGGUUACUUUGGUUAACUGCUCAAAUGAAGUGAAGAACAAGUCCGACUACUACUGGCCUGUGCCUUGUUUGAGCCACAACAACAACUACUUCAUCUAUCUUGUCCGUCCUCCUAUUUGUUCUCCUUAUGUAGCAUUUCAAGUUGGAAACCUUAUGCGUUCCUGCCGCUUUCUUGCCAUGCUUCCUGAUCAUGGUAAUUGGUACUCGUCAGGAAAAUCGCCAACUGACAUAGUUGAGUUUCUAGCCCAAGGGUUCACCCUCGUGGGGAGAAUUGCGAGGCCAGAAAUCAUCCGAUUUUGCUUCAGACAAUCGUUAAGAUUUACAUACAAAGAUAUCAUCACUCAUAGAAAUUCAACAAGGCGACUGAUUCCGUUGAUUGUAUUGGGUAUAGAGCAAAACUUUUUUGAAUGCAUAGCAACGAGAAACCUUCUUUUGAAGCAUUACUAUCAGGUGAAAUCAAUUGCCUACAUCAUCGUCGUAUUGUUGCAAAUUGCCAAAGCAUUGAUAGUGUUUGCAGUGUUGGGAAGAUGUGUAUUUGCGCCACUAACUAUAUAUGCUUUCAUUUCUUACAAAUUGCACCAAAUGAUGAUAUCCGUCGAUAUUGUGGAGAAAUUUUUGAGGAACCAACAAACUCUUGUACCAACUCGGUAUUCAUACAUUGACAUCAUUGCUAUGACUGGCCACUUCAAGGAGAAAUUAGGCCAAGGAGGAUUUGGUUCUGUCUUUAAAGGCCGACUUCCUUGGGACAGGCUUGUUGCUAUUAAGAUGUUGACAAAUUCUAAGUACAAUGCCGGUGAAGAUUUCAUCAAUGAAGUUUCGACCAUUGGUACGAUUCACCAUAUAAAUGUCGUAAAACUGAUUGGUUUUUGCUCAGAUGGCACGCAGAGAGCUUUGGUGUAUGAGUACAUGCCUAAUGGUUCCCUUGAUAAGUUUAUCUUCUCAUCCAACAGUGGUCCCAACCACAAAUUCUCCCUAGACAAAUUAAUUGAUAUCGCAUUGGGAGUUGCUCGGGGACUUGAUUAUCUACACAAAGGAUGUGAUAUGCAAAUUUUACAUUUUGACAUCAAACCCCAUAACAUUCUUUUAGACCAUAACUUUAAUCCAAAAGUUUCUGAUUUUGGCCUCGCAAAACUAUAUCCAAAGAAUUAUAGUUUGGUAUCACUCAGUCUUGCAAGAGGAACAAUAGGAUAUAUUGCUCCAGAAUUAAUAUCGAGAAGUUUUGGUGUUAUCUCUCACAAGUGUGAUGUUUAUAGCUUUGGUAUGUUACUCUUAGAAAUGGCCGGUGGGAGAAGGAAUUCAGAUCCAAGAGCAGAGAAUAUAAGCCAAGUUUACUAUCCUUCAUGGAUUUAUGAUAAACUUAUUGAAGAUGCAAUUGAGCAUAAUGUGGUAGAAAUGGAUACCAACAUUGUAAUUGAUGAAAGAGAGAAAAAAUUAUGCUUGAUAGGCUUGUGGUGUAUACAAAUGAGGCCAUCAGAUCGCCCUUCCAUGUUUAAAGUGAUUGAGAUGUUAGAAGGAGAUGUUAAUAGUUUACAAAUGCCACCCAAGCCAUUCUUUUCAGAACCACAUCAAAUACCUUCAAAGGUGCCACACUUGAAUACCGAUGAUGGAGAACUGACUACCAUUUCUGAAGAUGAUGAUGAGCUAAAUUAAGGAGUGUUUUUUUUUUCUUGGUAUUGUGUGAUUUUAAUGUUAUAAGAUUUUAUAAAAACAUAUAAUUGGAAACGAUAACAUAUCAAUUGGCCUGUUUAU